UUUCUCAAUUCUGGUUUCUCGGCCUUUUGAAAACAGUUGUUUGUUAUUUGGGACCUGUGCGGGCGUCUGUUUUCCUGUUUCUGCCGGCGAGAGCAUCGAAAAAGUAUAACUGCAUCGCUUUUUGUCCAUCGGAAUUAAAAAACAAGUGGGCUAAUGAUCAUACAAGAAAAAUGGCAAGAGGAGUUUUGAGUCUACAUUUAACAAGAAAGCAAAUUUGUGAUAUAAAAUACUCAUUUACAACACGUCACUAUUCAAGUACAUCGAGACCUAGGAAAUAUACAGUAUUAGAAAAAGUAGAAAGCAAGAAUUUUUCCACAUCUAAUCAUCUACGAAAAGAUGCCAAGGCAACUAGUGAGGUGCAAGGAAUCCCUUAUAAAAAUUUAUCGAUAGGUGUUCCUAAAGAAAUUUGGAAAAAUGAAAGGAGAGUUGCCGUUACUCCCACUGUAACGGAAAUAUUGGUCAAAAAGGGAUUCACUGUAAAGGUAGAAGAAAAUGCUGGUAGGGAAGCGAAAUUUAGAAACAUCGAUUACGAACAGGCCGGUGCAAAAUUGGUUAAUACCGAAAAUGCAUUUUCAUCAGAUAUAAUUUUAAAAGUAAGGCAACCUUUAGAGAAUGAAGUAAUUAAUUUUAGGGAAAAUUCUACACUUCUAUCAUUCCUGUAUCCAGCACAAAACAAGCAGUUGGUGGACAAGCUAGCAGAAAGGAAAAUAAACGCUUUUGCUAUGGAUUGCAUUCCACGCAUAACUAGGGCUCAGGUUUUUGACGCUUUAAGUUCAAUGGCAAACAUAGCAGGUUACCGAGCAGUCGUGGAGGCAGCAAAUCAUUUUCCAAGAUUCUUUUCAGGCCAAAUAACAGCAGCUGGGAAAGUUCCACCUGCCAAAAUUUUAGUAAUUGGUGGUGGAGUAGCAGGUUUGGCUGCUAUAGCGCAGGCAAAAUGCAUGGGGGCAGUCGUCAGAGCCUUCGAUACAAGAUCUGCGGUCAAAGAACAAGUUGAAUCAUUAGGUGCUGAAUUCUUAACCGUUACUAUAGAGGAAGAGGGUGGGACAUCUGCAGGAUACAGCAAGGAGAUGUCCAAAGAAUUCAUUGAUGCUGAACACGCUUUAUUUGCCAAACAGUGCAAAGAAGUCGACGUCAUCAUUUCAACUGCACUUAUCCCAGGAAAGACAGCACCAGUGCUCAUCUUAAAAGAACACAUUGAAUCUAUGAAACCUGGUAGUGUAGUUGUAGAUUUGGCUGCCGAAGCUGGGGGAAACAUAGAAACAACUAAACCAGGAAAAAUAUACUCUUAUAAUGAUGUAACUCAUGUUGGUUUAACAGAUUUCCCGAGCAUGCUUCCCACGCAAAGUUCCACGCUGUACGGUAAUAACAUAUCAAAAUUUCUUUUAUCAAUAGGGGAAAAGGAUCAUUUUAACAUAAAUUUAGAAGACGAAGUUGUACGAGGAAGCAUUAUUUUACACAAAGGGCAACUAAUGUGGCCUCCACCUCCACCAAAAGUGGUCCCUCCUCCUCUGCCAUCUCAAAAAACCGAAUUGGAAGCAGCCAAACCAGUGAAAAAGGAAGUUACUCCUUUUAUGGCCAAUCUAAAUACGUCUUUAAUGACUACUGCUGGUGUGGGAACCAUCUUAGGUCUUGGAAUGGUUUCUCCUAAUCCACAGUUUACCUCCAUGCUAACCGUUUUGGGAUUAUCAGGAAUUGUAGGUUACCAUACCGUUUGGGGUGUGACCCCUGCGUUGCAUUCUCCACUCAUGUCUGUAACUAAUGCCAUUUCAGGAAUUACAGCCGUGGGUGGCUUAUUACUAAUGAAUGGUGGAUAUUAUCCAACAAAUUCCAUAGAGACUUUGGCUGCAGCUGCUGCAUUUGUCUCGUUUAUCAACGUUUUCGGAGGAUUUCUAGUCACAAAACGAAUGUUGGAUAUGUUCAAAAGACCAGGAGACCCACCAGACUACAACUCUUUAUAUGCUAUCCCAGCAGCUGCAUUUAUGGGAGCAUAUGGUUGGGCAACUAUGAACGGUCUUGCUGAAAUCCACCAGGCAGCUUAUUUAGCAGCUUCUCUGUGUUGUGUCGGAGCUCUAGCUGGUUUAAGUUCCCAAACAACCUCAAGAUUAGGAAAUAAUUUAGGAAUGAUUGGGGUUGCUGGAGGCAUUGCAGCAACCUUAGGCCAAAUAGCGCCAUCUAACGAAGUACUAGCUCAAAUGGCUGCUUGCCUUAUAGCAGGUGGAGGUCUAGGCACAAUUAUAGCCAAGAAAAUUGAAAUUACCGACUUGCCACAACUUGUUGCUGGUUUUCACAGUCUGGUAGGAUUAGCUGCAGUUUUGACAUGCAUAUCGACAUAUAUGCAUGAUUUCUCAUCAUUCGCAACAGAUCCUGCAGCAAAUGUUAUUAAGACCGCUUUAUUUUUAGGAACAUACAUUGGAGGUGUAACAUUCAGUGGAUCUCUCGUUGCCUAUGGCAAACUACAAGGAAUCUUAAAAUCCAACCCCUUACUUCUACCAGGACGUCAUGCAAUUAACACAGGACUAUUCUUGUCAAAUAUAGCUGCUGGCGGAUAUCUGUUUUAUGAGCCUACACUCGUCGGUGGUCUUGGAGCACUGGGAGCUACAGCCGCGCUAUCUGCUACAAUGGGUGUCACUUUAACAGCUGCAAUCGGAGGUGCUGACAUGCCGGUAGUCAUCACGGUGCUCAACAGUUACUCAGGCUGGGCUUUAUGUGCGGAAGGAUUCAUGCUAAAUAAUAAUUUGAUGACUAUAGUAGGUGCACUUAUAGGAUCUUCGGGAGCUAUUCUCUCGUACAUUAUGUGCAAGGCUAUGAAUAGAUCGCUCCCUAAUGUAAUAUUGGGCGGUUAUGGCACUUCUAGUACAGGUACCGGCAAGCCUAUGGAAAUCACAGGAACGCAUACUGAAAUCAAUAUAGACGGUGCUGUAGAAGCCAUAAAGAAUGCAAACGAUAUCAUUAUAGUGCCUGGAUAUGGAUUAUGUGUAGCUAAAGCGCAAUAUCCUAUCGCUGAGAUGGUCGAAGCAUUAAAGAGCAGAGGGAAGAAAGUUCGAUUCGCUAUUCAUCCAGUUGCAGGGAGAAUGCCUGGUCAAUUGAAUGUUUUACUAGCUGAAGCAGGUGUGCCUUAUGAUGAUGUGUUGGAAAUGGACGAGAUCAACGAAGAUUUCCCUGAAACGGAUCUAGUUUUGGUGAUAGGUGCCAAUGACACUGUAAACAGUGCCGCACUGGAAGAUCCCAAUUCGCCGAUUGCCGGCAUGCCUGUGUUAAACGUUUGGAAAUCAGAGCAAGUGAUCGUGAUGAAACGAUCGCUUGGCGUUGGCUAUGCAGCAGUCGAUAAUCCCAUAUUUUAUAAAUCCAACACAUCGAUGUUGUUAGGUGACGCAAAGAAGACUUGCGAUCAGUUGCUAGCGAAGAUUAAACAGGAUUAAUGUAAUAUGGUUUUAAAGCAGGCACAAUCUUUUAUUCUUUUUUUUUUUACUGCAGAUACAUUUUUUAGUACAAUCCAAAGCAAUAUCUUUCGAGGCUUAUUUUCGGCAGUAAUUGUAAAUAUUUUUAAUAUAGUCUAUCUUAUGUAUGUUUACAUUAUGAUGGAGAAAAACAGUCUGAGAAUUCCUUAUUAAAUGCUUAAUUUUGUAUUAAUUUCUUUCUCAGGAAAAAUGUGUUACUCUAUCCACUGUACUUUGGUAUUUUCUUCUUGUUUUUAACCUUAUGCGUCUUGUAAUAUUUAAUUAUUGAUUUAUGUGUUUAAUUACUUAAUUUAAUUGGGCAGUGGCAAAUAUUACUGCUGGUCACGUUAAAAAAUUCGUGUACAAACAAGUUUGUCAACCCGUUCAUAUUUAUAAGUACAUUGCUGUUAAUUUAAAUGUCAUGUAUUUUUUGUGUAAUUGUUAAAUAAUU